UGACCAGCAGCCAGAGCUCUGUUUACAAACCAGAGAGCGAGAGAGGCAGAAAUAUAGGAACAGCAGCAGCAAUAGCAGAAGCAGCAGAGGAGGAUCGAGGCAGAUUUCUAGACCACCAUUAUGGAUUGAGACGGAGAGGGAACCUUGCCACCAUGAUCAGGCCAGCUGGAGGUGGGAGACUGUCUUUGUCUCUAAUUUUUCUCAAUCGAAGCAGCAGAUGGUUUGAGGGAGAGUAGGAACUUCCCCCUCCUAAACACACACACACACACUAGCAAAAUAUCGCAGCUAAAAGACUGUUCUUUGUUUGUUUUGGGAGAAUCAUGUUUUUGCUGCUGUGAAGAGUACGCUCUACCCCCCUAGUAGAUCAGAGCACUGAAGGAGUAGAGGAGAAGAGAGGGCAGACAGAGGGGAUAAGGCUUGUGAAAAUCCAUCUGUUCAGAAGGCUUUGGAGGGGGACAAAGCAGGGACUAAUACCUCCCUCACUGGAAUAAGAGCAGGGACUGUCGUUUGGAAUGGUUUUCUGUCUCUGUGAUGAACUGGAUAGGUUUUUGUUUAUCGGAUGGCAACUGUUAUGUGGCUGUUUUUAUCCUGAAUACAAGUUGUUUUGAUUGUGAGGAAAGGAAAUGUGUGUUGUUUUGCUCAGUGUUGAGAGCAGAUUUCACCACUUCAACAAUGGACAUUCACAUGAGGUAAGAGCCAUGUGACUAAACUGAUUUCUUCGUCUCUCUCUGACAGUCAUCACUUGGACGUCAUCGUCAAUGUUGAGAGAGGAGAAGAAGCACACAUGAGGACUGCAGCACUCCAAAUCCCAAAUCUCACAAUCCUAACCCUCGGGAGCUAAUCCAGAUUUGGGAAUGUCGCACAUGGACUGCUGAGUGGACAAAACCGCACAUCCAGAAUUUGCAGAAUCUUCUUCUCGGAAUCUUUAUGGUUUUGUUUUUGGACGAUAACCUCCAACCACCCCACCGGCUCGUUUGUCUUCUUUUAGCCCAAGUUUAGAGACUGAUUUUGGGCUUCCAGGCUCCGAGCGUCGGGGUAACCUGGUAGUUUGGCCCUCACCCAGGUCCAGCCUUCUCCUGACAGGGCCUGGAUUUACUGCUGCAGUCCUGGGAGUCCGAUUUCAUGCAACCAUUCCAAUGGUGUAACGGUAGCCUGUGGUUUAGGUCUCCAGCGCUCUGAGAAGUACUGUGGACUUAGCAAGAUGGAUACCACCUACCGCCUGCCACUCAAUGUCUACGUCAUAGUGUUGGGCAUCGGCCUGUUCGUCUUCAUGCUCAGCCUCAUCUUCUGCUGCUACCUCUUCAGGUUGAAACAGCAAGGGACGAGGGAGCAGUUCAGCUACAAUGAGGUGGUUCUUAAAGGGGCAGGCAAGAAGCUGAGCCUUCUAGGACAAACGUGUGCAGUAUGUUUGGAAGAGUUUCGGACCAGAGAUGAGCUAGCUGUGUGUCCGUGUUCGCACGCAUUUCACAAGAAGUGCCUGCUGAAGUGGCUGGAGAUCCGUAGCGUGUGCCCCAUGUGUAACAAGCCCAUCCUCAGGCUCCACCCAGACCCCACACAGGGAACUGAGGGGCCCCAGGACCCAGAGGAGGUGUGAAGGACCCCAGGGCCCACCAGGACCGCCAUACACACAUUUACACACAACGGAAUUGAUAGUCAUCUUAUUGACAUGGUCAUUUUAUGGACAUCACACAGGGUUGAUUAUAUUCUUAAAGUGGCUUCCUUGGUGUUAGUCUUUGAAUGAGCAUUAAUCAAUAUGGCUGGGGUUUGGGUGCUGUAUAUGGAUGUUGAUUACACCCGUCCAGGCCUUUCAGAUCAUCAAGAAAGUCAGCGAUGACUGAGGGAUAGGGCGCAAGGGAGUGUUUCAAGAUCUGGCCCUACUAAGUUUACCAAUGGAACCUAAAAACGAAAGGAUAACCCUAACCCUGAGGGAUGGGGUACAAGGGAUCAGGAUUUGGGGUUUGGAAUGUGGCCCUACUAGCAUACCAAUGGGGCUUCCUGCAAGAAAUGAAGGAUAGGGUAGGGGAUAGGGCGCAACAGGUCAGUUUGGGAUUGGGCCCUCCUAGCUUAGCAGUGGAGCUUUAUAAAGCGCCUGUCUAUCCUCCCCCUUUAGAUCAGUGAGAAUGGGAAAAGGCUAUACGGUCACUCCUGACCUGAAUAUUCAUUUUGCAGGUCAGAAAUGUACUAAUAUUAUCUCCAGUGAGGAAAGUGACAUAAGAAUGGGAGCCACUUUAGAAUACAGAGUCCUCCCAGUCAUUGGACGAUGCCUGGUACAACACUGCCAGAAACAGCCAAACACAAACGACACGUCAGGCAUUCUGAGAAGGUCAUUGGUCAAGAAUCAGGAUUGAUGUAAAUGGAUACCUCUCAUACCUCAGGGGUGUUACAAUACAAGCCAGCACAAACAUGCCAUUCAAAACCAUGUGCCACACAUAGAACAUGUCCAAUACUGCCAACUCCAACCUAGGUAACACUGUACUUAGGUAGUCAAAACAUUGGUCACGUUCCAGGCCGACUAUAUUGCAGUCGCGCCGCACGCAGCAACCGAUGGUGCUAUGCCACGUCAUCGACUGCGCAGUCGGGCAUCGGAUUGCUUUAUCAUAUGCGGUUAGCUGACAUGUUAAAACACUUAUACAGGCGUGGAGAUCUGGCAGGCGACUGCAAUGUAGUCGGUCUUGAACGCAGCCAAUGAGAUCUUGCAAGCGACUGCGAUGUAGUUGGGCUGGAACCACAAGACCAGUCCAAUACCAACAACACAGCAGCACUCUGAUGUACAGAACUAUAUAUCCAGGAAUGUGUUUUAAAUGGCACCUUAUUCCCAAACAGUGUAUUACCUUUGACCAGAGCCCUAUGCAGGCCCUGUUCAAAAGUAGUGUACUAUAUAGGGAAUAGGGUGCCAUUUCAGACACAAACCAGGUCCAUAUCCCCGAAGACUGAUAGACAGCUAGUCUUGCCUGUAUGUACGUAACGUUGUGACCCCCAUCUUGUAAUUUUGUAUCGUUUGUUGCUUUUAAAUAAAAUAUAAUGUAUCCUC